AUGCCGUCGGCUUUGAGGGGGACGCCAGAUCUCGCAUCACCGGAUCUGGGAGAGAGGACCGAGGACUUUGAGACAGCUGCCGAAUCCCACCUCCUAUCCGACAUGUCACAGCUGCGUGUCGUCAGGCUGCAAGCUGUAGACGUGAGGGGCAGGUGCAAAGCGAAGAUGCGUGCUAGAAAGAACCACUCUGAUUGUACAGUGCCCAUGCUCGAUCAGAUCCAGGGUUCUCUAUGUGAUCCUAGUACGAGUUUAGUGACAUUUCAGAUCAGAAACUGCAGUGACAAUGUGAGCUCGCUUUCUGGUUCAGUGGUAAAUGGCCAGACAUACAUGAUACAGGAUCUAAUCAACAACUUGAGGAGGGGCGAAGAUGAGAGAGAUCUUGCACAUCCAGGGAGGACAAUGUGGGAACCAGAUCGGUGCCAAGUUCUGGGAGGUGGAUUCCAAGUAUGCCACUCCCUUGGUGGUGGUACUGGAUCUGGUAUGGGUACGCUGUUGAUCUCAAAGAUCAGGGAGGAGUACCCUGACCGCAUGAUGCUGACAUUCUCAGUUUUCCCCUCACCGAAAGUAUCUGAUACGGUGGUUGAGCCAUACAAUGCUACUCUUUCUGUUCACCAGUUGGUUGAGAAUGCUGAUGAGUGCAUGGUUCUAGACAAUGAGGCCCUCUACGACAUUUGCUUCAGGACUCUUAAGCUCACCACCCCUAGCUUUGGGGAUUUGAACCAUUUGAUCUCUGCAACCAUGAGUGGAGUCACCUGCUGCCUAAGGUUCCCUGGUCAGUUGAACUCUGACCUCAGGAAGCUGGCGGUGAACCUGAUCCCCUUCCCACGUCUCCACUUCUUCAUGGUUGGCUUCGCGCCGCUGACAUCCCGUGGCUCCCAGCAGUACCGGGCCCUCACUGUCCCCGAGCUCACACAGCAGAUGUGGGAUGCCAAGAACAUGAUGUGCGCUGCUGACCCUCGCCAUGGGCGUUACCUCACCGCCUCGGCCAUGUUCCGUGGGAAGAUGAGCACCAAGGAGGUCGACGAGCAGAUGAUCAACGUCCAGAACAAGAACUCAUCCUACUUCGUGGAGUGGAUCCCCAACAACGUGAAGUCCAGCGUGUGUGACAUCCCGCCGAGGGGCCUGUCCAUGGCGUCUACCUUCAUCGGCAACUCGACUUCCAUCCAGGAGAUGUUCCGGAGGGUGAGCGAGCAGUUCACUGCCAUGUUCAGGAGGAAGGCUUUCUUGCACUGGUACACGGGCGAGGGCAUGGACGAGAUGGAGUUCACCGAGGCUGAGAGCAACAUGAAUGACCUCGUGUCUGAGUACCAGCAGUACCAGGACGCGACUGCCGAUGACGAGGGCGAGUACGAGGACGAGGAGGAGGUGCAAGCCGAUGACAUGUGA